AUGUUUGGCUUUGGCAGCUUUGGCGGUGUCACCAGCAGUGGUGCACCUCCCCCGAUCGGUGCACCUGGCAGAGGUGGCGGUGUGCUGGGCAUGCCCUCCAGCGCUGUAUUCCCUAACCCUGGUGAACCGGCGCUGAUGAGCGUGUUCAGUAACAGCAGAAGCAACGCCAGCGUACUUCACGGCAGCUUCAACAGUCAGUCCGGAGGCUUUUCUAGCUUUAGUGGAGGCAGCCAGGUGGUACCGCCGCCUGUGCUUGACGGUGCCGUCUCUAUCAAGGUCAAUGAUGCCAGCAACAUCACCAGCUACGGCGGUGACGCCAACAUGAGCGGCCCGCAACGCGGGGUGCUGCCCGGGAGCAGGUCAGCUUUGCCGCUCUCAGCCAUCCCUGUCUUUGGCACCGGCGAACCAUCGCCGCCCCAUUCAUCAGGCCCCUCUCCGAUAAUCACCGCACCGACUGCCGUGACGGUGCCGCCGCCGGCGUCGUUUGCUGCGAUGCCGUCAUCUGCCAUUCAAGUAUCUGCACUGCCCGCAUUUACGCCGGUGCCGCCACCACCGCCGACCCCCGCGUCAAGUGGCAAGGGCAUCUUGGAUGGCAGCGGCAGCAGUGUGCGAAGCUCUGUGAGUGGGUCGUUCACCACUCCAUGGGGAGGCCAAGAAAGCAAGAGCGCCAACAGGGAGGAUAACAACGCCAAGGGCGGCGGUGAUAGUCGCCCAGUUUUGCCCGAGCCUCGCUCUUCAGACCAGAGUAGCCAAGAGUCACGGGCAUGGCGGGGCACCACCUCCGCCCUGUACCCCGCACACGUGCUGCCAAAACAGUUCGUGGGUUGUGGCAGUGACCCGCAACCCUCAUCAACGUUCCCUGGAGCCGCGACUGUGGUGCGCAGCAGCGACAAUAACAAGAGAGACCAGAGUGCAAGCGUGUCCGCCACUGCCGCCCCGGUCCUGUCGUCUGCAGCUACACAGAGCAGGCCAGGUGCCAGCGAUGCAGGAGGGUCCAUCCUCAGCUCAGCCUUUGGGGCUCUUAGUACCACCAGCCAAAGCGGCAACGCUGCCAGUAGCCCUCAGCCACCCCCACCGUCCUCGUCUGUCUUUGGCGCAUCCGUGCCGAGGCUCAACGCGUCCGCGACGUCCCUAUUCAGCGCCCUCGCGACUUCAAAGGCACCUGAGGCAGCGCCGUCGACUACUGCCGUGAAGGGCACCUUGUUUAAGAGCAGCGCUACCGCGGCGGCGGCGGAGCCUGCUUCGCUCCCCUCAGUCACGGUGCCACCAUCCAGUGCAUUUGGCGUUUCCGUGUUCCGUAAGGCUUCCGCUGUAGCCCUAGCCGCACCGCCACCCGCUGUCACGCCAGCUGCGCUUCCCCCUCCGGUGGCAGCGAAGAUUGCUACUACCAGCACAAACAGGAGCAGUAGCGUCUUUGGUGAGUUGAACAGCAGCUUCGGUGCACCACCGCCUGCUAGCUCGUUAGGGCAGCGAGCCGCGCAGCAUGGCGGUAGUCACGCGCCUGCGAGCCUCCAUGCAAGCCCGUUUGCCCCCUCUCCGCUCUUGACCGGUCCGGUGUUUACACCGGCGACCACUACAUCCGCCUUUGGAGCUGCAGCCUCUAGAUCAGGUCCUGGGGUCGGUGGUGGACCAGGCACCGGCGGCUCAGUGUUUACUGCAGUCGCCGCCACUCCCGCGCGCGCGUCUGCGCCUUCCUUUCUUGUUUCCACAUCCCCUGGGAAAACGCCGCCAUCACUGGAGCAGUCCAAGGCGCUGGGUAGCGGUGCAGAUCGUGGUAGAGCGGAAGCUGUCGCUGGCCGACGCCGAGGCCGCUCCGCACCCCGUAGAAAUGCUGCUGAAGAUGACAGCAGCGGUCCUGUUCGCCCCCACCCGGGUAGCCUCACGGCUACCGCUUCGCCACCGGUGCAAGACUCUCGCUCUGCGAUACCGCCACUGCCCCAUGGCCAAUACCAGUCGCCGCCAUCACCACCGCACAAGCAGAGGCCACCAGCUGCCCUGUCGCGACUGGAGAAGCUCUCCAUCCCGCCACUGCCUGCGGAUGAAAAGAAGCUAUCCAUCGCCGCCCGUCUGUGCAAGUCGUUCCUCAUACAACUGGCCUCCUCGAGAGUCCUGGGAGGUCACGGCGGCGGUGGCGCGUCCGGUGGCGGGGAAGCGGACGUCGCCAAGGCACUCGAGCAGGCCUUUUUUGGCGUUGUCGGUAGCGAGGGCGUUCACGGCAACUUCGGCAUGACCGCCGGCGAGAUGCUCGCCCUCUGGUACGGGCAGGUACGGCCGAUGCUCUCUGGCCGCGAUACCCACGGCUCCGACGACGGCGGCUCUGCCUUCCCGGGUGAGAUGUGGAUCGCGCUCUUCGCCCUCGGCACGUACCUCAACACCAUCUUGUCCACGCUGCAGUCCGGCAAGACGGGCAGUCGUGCGGCGUCGUCCUCGGCAUCCGCUUCCAUGACGGACUUGGCAGCCUACAAGGCGGGCCUGCGAGCCCAUCCUACCGAGGCGCUCACCGACGCCUGCCACUACGCCAACGAACUCAGCGAACUGCUGCAGGCGCUUUUCCAGCGCGGAGACGAGGCCGAUGCCCCGCCGUACAGCGUCAUUCCGGUGGUGCUGCGGCGAGUGCGCAGCGUUUUUGAGGAGGCCACCGCGCGCGGCGUUGCCACGGUGCAGUCGAACCUCAACACGGUCACGUCGAAGUUGUUCUCCGUCCUCAACAGGCGCGUGAAGACAUCGGCAGUGCAGCCCCUCGGCACGCCUGGUGAGGCGCCGCGCUGGCUGCUGACGUACGACUCCAAGGAAAAGGAAAACCUCCUGCAUAGCUUUGCCUACCUCAUCAUGGAGAUGAUCGCCGCCGAUGCUCCGAUGAACGACGACGUAGAGCUCUUUAUCUCAGCGUUUCAUGAGUGCUUCCCAUCAGCGCUGGCGGAGCGGUGCAUGCUCUACUACCGGCACGCCUGCGCACUCCUCCGUCAGCCGCUUUGUAUGUCUCUUGUCGAGGAGGCCGCUGCGCUGUUGGUAAAGGCGACCGUCGUAUACCCGCCCAACGCCCCACUCCACAACAUGCGUGUGUUGCUGGUGAAGUUGCUAGCAACGGAACUGGCUCUGGGACGGCUGCCACCGGACGAAGAUUGGCUCGCCCUGGACGUCCCGCAGCUCAUCGACGUUGUAAACGCGCUCAAGACGGCCCGCCAGGACCUACUUGACGCGGCGCUGGCGACGCACGGGCCCUUUUUUGUAGAGGCCGGCGUGCACAACGUCCUCUGCCUGGCGCGUCAGCGGCUCGCACUGCUGAUGGUCGUGAAAUUCUACCUGACGCAUGGGUGCGAGAGUCGCCUGUGCGUGUCGGAGAUGGUUCGGUACCACCGCCUCCCCUACUCGACGGUGGAUGCAGGGGUCGCGUGGCUGCUGCCGCUGCUGGUAGAGAAGCAGAUGAACGGUGUGCUAGACCAUGACUACCUGAUCCUGAGCGCCAAAGCCCCGUUCGACGCCUACCAGCGCGAGGCUCUCGCCGACGCCGCCGCCACCGCACGACACCCGCCACGGAGUGCGGAAGAUGUAUGA